AUGAACGAACAACCCAUCUCUGCCGACCUCAACCAACCUAUAAAAGAUCAAAAUACUUAUAUUUCUAUCUGGAGCCGUUUUUGGUUGCUUUUUUCCAGAUCCGUAUGGCCCUCUGCACCAACAUCGCAGCCCAAAUGGAAGUAUCAAGAUGGCGAAGAGCACCAACACAAGAAUUCACGCAGCUGGAAGAAGAAAUGUGUAUCUCCCACCAACGAUGGAGACGCUCCUGACCUCGCUUUACCCGUUCCUCAAGUGCUGAAGAGCAAUCCUAUCGCUGCUGAUGAAGACGACGACGAUGAUAACCCAGCGUCUUCGCAGCCUAUUGGACCUUCCCAUUUGCGUAUACGGACAUCACGCCGAGUGUCCAGAAGCUCGUCAACGUUGUCUUCUGAAAGGUCACCAAACAGCUCCAGGGUUUCGGCUGAUUCUUCAAAGGGCUUGUUAGAAACUGCGACACCAAACCAGCGCCGUUCAAUGCUCAACCUAUCACGAUCCUUCAAUAAUUUGGCACAUUACUUGACGAAACGAUCUCGUGUGGAUUUAUCUGAAAGCGACUCGAGCCACGAGAAACUUCGGAUACACAUUGGAACAUGGAAUAUGAAUGGACGGCUUCCUCUUGGGCACCUGCACGACUUCAUACCUUCAACCCACGACCGAUCAAGAAUGCAUCAUAUUCUGAUAAUUGGAUCACAAGAAUGUCAACACAGUAUCGAAAAGUCACUCGUUUUUCCUUCCAAAGAAGAGUGGGAGUCUACUUUGAAGAGUGCUGUUGGAGAACACUAUGUGUGUGUCUGCACGCAGACUCUAGCUGCCAUUCACGUUGCUACCUUUGUAUUGAAACCAUAUGUUCAUUGUAUCAAAGGAGUCGAAUCUGGUUAUUUGGCAACAGGAUUUGCAAAAGUUGUUGGAAACAAGGGCGCGACUGCCAUUGGUCUUCAUUUCGACUCACUGUCCCUGCUUUUCAUUUGCAGUCAUUUUGCUGCGCACCAACAUGGUGUCAACGAACGAAACAACAACUUUCAACGCAUCAACGAAGAGCUUAGAUUGUCUGGAUUGGCCACUGGAAAGAAAUCAAACAAGUCACCAACAGAACGGUACGACUGCACCUUCUGGUUUGGAGAUUUGAAUUAUCGAGUGGACGUGGAUCGAGAUAUUGCAGACGAGAAAAUACACAAGCAUAACUUUUCCGCACUCUUAUUACAUGAUCAAUUACUUCGAGAAAGGGGUCACGGCCGUGUCUUUUCAGGAUACACAGAACCAGACAUUGAAUUCCCACCCACAUACAAAUUCGAUGUUGCAAACAAGUCCUCCAAACCAACAUCCCCAUCAUCCCCAAUCGCAUGGAUGAAUCCCUUUUCACCUAAACAAUCACCAGCAUCACCAGCACCAAUAUCUCCCGUAUCUCACCUUCCCCGACUCUUUUCAUCUGGAUUCUCACUUGCAUCUCACCGUAUACGCGUCUAUGACACAUCAUCCAAAAUGAGAGUGCCUGCAUGGACAGACCGGAUACUCUACAAAACCAAAGGACCCGCUAUACAAUGUUUGAAUAUUCUCAUCGCACAAUACGCAGAUUUGCGUCGCAAGCAGGAAACCCAACACACACAUACCGAGACACAACCAGCACCAGAUAAACUGCGAGGAUCAAGGCUAAAAUCCACCAUAAAUGCUAUAACUAGGUUUGUCAGUAUGGGUAGGUGUAAAAGUGACGCAGAAGUAAAGGAUGACAGUCUGCCAAGAUAUAGUGAAUGUGGUACACCACCGCCGGAUUAUGUAUAUAGGGAGCCGCCGACUUAUCGUGAAGCAGCACGAGGAAUACGUAGAUCUACACGUCCUGCUAUUGAAUUCCGGCUGCCUGUAUUGUAUGUGCAUAGGGUGUAUGCUUGA